ACUUUGAUUGUGUUAAAACGUGUUUGUCUGCAGACACUGAAAUCAGCUCUGUAUUCAGGUUUUCCUCUUAGACAGCUCAUGAAUUUGAACAUUUAUUCACAUUUUUGAUAUUUUAUAAAUUUUGAUAUUAACAGAAGUCAUAGCAAGGACUAAAUUAUAUUCACACAAUCAACUUUUUGAUUAGAAGUGAAAAUCUACAACAGCCAUGUUGUUGGCAGAAGCUGGAUGUUUGUUUCUGGGAUUCAUUCUGUGUCUGUCAGGUGUUCAGGGAAAACCAAACAGCAUCUGUGCCUUGAAAGGUUCAUCAGUGAAUCUGCCCUGCUCAGAUCAACAUCCCACUGCAAGAAAUAGCUGGUACACUGGACACUGGACUGUCUCCAAGAUAAUGUUCUCAGCAGAUGAAACACAUGUAAAGUACAGCAUGUCAGCAGAGAGUAAUUUCACUCUAACAAUCAAUAAUCUAACAAAGAGAGAUGCAAAUCUUUACUGUUGCAUUAAAACUGCUGACACAUCAAAGUGUCAACAAAGUGGAAUUCAUCUCCAAGUUACAGAGCUGCAGGUAAAGGUGAUUCCUGCCACAGAUGGACAGACAGUAACACUGAUGUGCAGCAGCAGCUGUCCUCUGACUGAAAAGCCUGCAGCCUACAUCUGGUACAAGAACAGAGAGUUUCUCUAUGAGGACUGGUCUCCCUGGUACCAAGAGCUGCUCAGCAGUGAGGAAGCAGUCACAUACUCCUGUGCUGUCAAAGGCUACGAGGAUCUCAGAGCCCCUGAAGUCUCUGUGGAUUCCAUCACAGAGACCUGCUUCAGUGUGACCUAUGCUAAAGGGAGAAUGUGUUCUUCUCAGCAGACAUCAGUGGACGAGUCCUGCUCCAUCACAUAUCCCAGAGAAAUUCAUAUCCAGAGGACUCCUGCUGAACACAGAGGUUUCAUCAGACUGACCUGUAACAGCAGCUGUUUUCUGACUGACCCUCUGAUUUCCUUUGUGUGGUAUGAGAACAGAAAGCCUACACUGAAGGAGGGAAAACAGAUUCAGGUUCCCAGCUCUCAUCCAGACAGUUUGUCUUGUGCUAUAAAAGGUCUUGAGGAUGUGCGCUCUGCUGACGUCUGUGUUAGUGAUUCCUGCUGGAGUCUGAAUUAUGUCCACAGCAGAAUCUGUGCUCUUGAAGGAUCUUCAGUCAACAUCUCCAGUAAAUACUCACGUCCUGACUACGAGCAGAUACAGUCUAAAUGUUGGUAUAAAGUCAAGAGAGAAGCUGAACAGCUGACUGAGGAUGCAGAUCAUGUGGAGUAUGAUGACAGCAUGAAGAACCAACACAUCCUCAGAUUAAAGAAGCUGAAGAGAGAUGACUCAGCAGAAUACAGGUUCACCUUCACAACAGAAAAUGAAGAAGUGACACAGUCUGAUUUUCCUGGAGUUACUCUGAUUGUCACAGAGCUGAGAGUGAAGAUGAGUCCUUCUGCAGUGGUGACAGACGGUCAGAGAGUCACACUGACCUGCAGUACCAGCUGUCCUCUGACUGACAACACAAACUACAUUUGGUACUUGAACAGUCGACCUCUGACCCUGAACCAGAACAAACAUCUGAUCCUAGACCCAGUCAGCAGGGAGGAUGCAGGAAGCUACUCCUGUGCUGUGAAAACCAACAAAGAUAUCAGCUCUGCUCCAAAGACUCUCACUGUCCAAAGUAUCACAGGAACAUGGACACCAGCAGCUGCAGGAGUUUCUGCUGCUCUGCUGCUUUUAAUACUUCUCACUGUCUGCUGGUGGAUCAGAAAAAAGAGGACUUCCAGUCAGUCUCCAAGAGGAGAAAUUUCAGAUACAGUGCAGCAGAUGAACAUUGACCCCAUGUAUGUAAACAUCUCAGCUCAGUCAGCAGAUCAGGAUGAUCAUCACUACAGCAGACUGCACUUCAGUGAGAACCACACAGCUGAUGUCUACUCCACCAUCGAGCCACUGUGUGCUAAAUAAAGUUUGUUACCAUGGUGACGUCAUCUCCAGUGAUAUUACUUUACCAUCACAGCAGAGAAACUGCAGCUUCUGGAUCUUUCUGUGGGUUACACUUGCUUCAUCGGAAUAUUAAAUACAGGUAGAAAUAAGUAGAAAUUGA